UGUUGCAAAUUUAAAACUGCGGUGUCUGUGGAUUUGCAUUGCAAAGGGUGGACGGGACAAAGUCACAAAUAUUUGUGCUCUGAACAGGCUUUUAUUUUUUAUUUAAACUUAAACUGAUAUUUUUUAAUUGCAGUAAUUUAAAGGGUUGCUUUUCAUCCGUCAAUAUUCGAACAUGGUGCUGUUCCAACGUUGUUUGAGACACCUUGUAAUUAGUCAGCGUGUUUCUAAGUUAAGUUAUGUUCCUGCGCGGACUCCAACCAAAUUCCAUCAAUGUCAGAACAGUAACUUUGGCUUCAGUUAUUACUGCACCACGGCAGGGAUUGCAGAUUUGAGGGAACGCACACUAAUUGCAGUGAAGCCAGAUGGAGUACAACGCCGUCUGGUGGGCCAGGUAGUCCAACGCUUUGAAAAGAGGGGCUUCAAAUUGGUGGGUCUGAAGAUGUUGAAGGCUCCAGAGGACCUGCUGUCUCAGCACUACCAAAACCUCCAGAAGAAGCCCUUCUUCCCUGAAGUGCUUUGCUACAUGUCUUCUGGCCCUGUGGUUGUCAUGGUGUGGGAGGGAUACAAUGUGGUACAAACAUGUCGCAUGAUGGUGGGGAAGACCAACCCAGCAGAGGCAGACCCUGGGACUGUACGAGGGGACUUUGGCAUCCAUGUUAGCCGCAAGAUGGGUGAUGAAAUUUGCAUGUGCAGUCUGAAAUCAGAACUUGGCUUAACAGAUCAGGAACGUGGUCCAUGCCAGUGACUCAGUAGAGGGAGCCCAAAGGGAGAUCCAGCUGUGGUUUGACUGCAAAGAGCUGAUGGACUGGGACUGCUGUGAUCACAACAAAAUAUACGAGCUAUGAGAGACAGGGAGCAGAGUGUGCUGCCUACCAGAAUUGCACCAUGGCAACACUAGGAUUACCUUUAAUUGUGUCAUUAUAGGUCACACUUGUGUUUCCACUACCCAGCAGUCCAAUGCAGACAAAGCAGGGAAUCAGACUAAACCUGCAGCCUGGUCCCACAACUUAUUUUUUCUGUGGGACUAAUACUUUCACCAUGAGAGUAUUGAACAAGACUCUGUUACUCCCUGCACGCUGCUAUCUAUACCAAGGACAACACCCACCUCUCUUCAUUCUCUGUUUCAGCAUUACCCCCCCCCCCCCC